GCAGGGGGCGGGCGAAGGGCCGGAGUCCGCGUGCGUCCCUCGAAUCCAGAGGCCGCCUUCCAGCGCGUCACAGCCCCGCCGGGGGGCACGGAAGUCGGAGGCCUGCGCUGCCAGCCCGCGUCCUCGAGCUAGCGUUUGAGUUUCGAUACCUUUUGGCUAUUGGGAGAUAAUUUGUUGGAGUAUCUGCUCCGCGUCAACAAGGCUAAUACCACUGGGAUGAGUGGCAGCCAGGACAGAGGUCACGUCAGGGCCAUACAGCGAGCUCUGUCCCCUCAGAGCGUGUCUGCCAAGACUGCACGAUGGCCAAGCGAGUCGCCGUGGUUGGGGCUGGAGUGAGCGGCCUGUCCUCCAUCCGGUGCUGCCUGGACGAGGGCCUGGAACCCACCUGCUUUGAGAGGAGCGAGGACAUCGGGGGCCUCUGGAGGUUCACUGAAUCCUCCGAAGACGGGACGACGAGGGUCUACAGGUCAUUAGUGACGAACGUCUGCAAAGAGAUGUCCUGUUACAGCGACUUCCCCUUCCAGGAAGACUACCCCAAUUUCAUGAACCAAGGAAAAUUUUGGGACUAUCUCCAGGAAUUCGCCAAACACUUUGACCUUCUGAAAUACAUCCGGUUUAGGACCACAGUGUGCAGCGUGACAAAGUGCCCAGACUUCUCUGAGACCGGCCAGUGGGAUGUCGUCACGGAGACCGGGGGGAGGCGGGACAGAGCUGUCUUCGAUGCAGUCAUGAUUUGCACCGGACACUUCCUGAGCCCUCAUCUACCUUUGGAGUCCUAUCCCGGAAUCCACACGUUUAAAGGGCAGGUCCUGCACAGCCAGCAGUACAAGACACCAGACGGCUUUCAGGGCAAACGCAUCCUGGUGCUCGGUCUGGGGAACACUGGAGGGGAUGUCGCAGUGGAGCUCAGCCGGACCGCAGCUCAGGUUCUUCUCAGUACGAGAACUGGCACCUGGGUCGUCAGCCGCUCUUCAGAUGGGGGCUACCCAUACAACAUGAUGGUCACAAGAAGAUACCUCGCUUUUAUUGCUCGGAUUCUGCCUUCAUGUGUACUGAAAUGGAUUCAAGAGAGGCAGCUGAAUAAAAGAUUUAACCAUGAGAAUUAUGGACUAAGUAUUACAAAGGGGAAAAAAUUUAAAUCCAUCGUGAAUGACGAGCUGCCCACGUGCAUCCUCUGCGGGGCGGUCAGGAUGAAGCCCGGUGUGAAGGGGUUCACGGAGACCUCUGCUCUCUUUGAAGAUGGGACUGUGGAGGAGGACAUCAACACCGUGGUCUUCACGACGGGAUACACGUUCUCCUUCCCCUUCCUGGAAGAUCCUCUCAGAGGCCUUUGCGCAAAGAAGGUGUACCUGUACAAGCGGGUCUUCCCCGCAAGCCUGGAGAAGGCCACCCUGGCCACCAUUGGGCUCAUCAGCCUCAAAGGGUCCAUCCUGGCCGCCACGGAGCUCCAAGCACGGUGGGCCACAAGGGUGUUCAAAGGACUCUGCAAGAUCCCUCCAUCCCGAACACUGAUGGCUGAGGCUACUAGAACAGAAAAGCUCAUAAAAAGGGGUGUGAUGAGAGACACCAGCGGAGACAAACUCGAUUACAUCCCCUACAUGGAUGACCUCGCCGCCUGCAUAGGCGUGAAGCCCAGCGUUGCCCUGCUUCUCCUCAAGGACCCCAGACUAGCCUGGGAAGUGUUCUUUGGACCAUGCACUCCUUACCAGUACCGCCUCACGGGCCCUGGAAAGUGGGAAGGAGCCAGAAACGCCAUCCUGACCCAGUGGGACAGGACCCUGAAGCCCUUAAAAACUCGAGUCGCCCCGGAUCCCCCCACGCCAGCCUCCAUCUCACGUUAUCUGAAGGCUUGGGGUGCCCCUGUCCUGCUUGCCUCUCUUCUACUGGCCUGUAAGUCUGCCUUCUUUUUUAAAUUGGUGCAAGAUAAACUACAGGGUAGAAUUUCCUUCAUCCAGUAAGUAUUUGGCAAGGAGGAAUCUGACUGGUCCCGAGGGCUGCACCACGCCAUGUGAAUCUGGUCCCCAGACAUCUGCGGCUCCCCCUGCCCCCCCUGACUGCUCCCAUCCAGGCCCGGGCCGGUUACCUGUUGACUGAAUUCUCGUGCUGUCUUCCCUGGACUCGGUACCUCCUUUACUGUCUCCCUUUGCAACCCAUACUCUACUCCGCUACCUAAGCAAUUAUUUUAAACAAAUCAUGCAGUAAUUGUUUCCAUCAAGACCCUGGUAGGAAUAAGAUAGCAAUCAAAUUAGGUAAUUUGUGGAAAUUUUAAUGUGGAGAUUAUUUCAAAAGUUCUGGGCAAAGUGUAUGGAAAUCACAGGGAUAGUGAAAUACAGACUCCUACCAGUGCGGUAUUUUUACCAUCCGGAUACCUAAUAAGGCAAGAGAAGAAGGCAAUUAUGAUUGAGAGAGACACAGAGAGGGCCGCUCCCCGGAGCUCUGACCUUCCGCUGACAGACGGACCCACCAUCACCCCAGAGGUGCUGAGUGGGGAAAGAGGUUGCCUGACCCUCCGCCCCGUCUCCUGCCUCGCUUUCCCUUGGCCUGACGCAGCCAGACGCAGAGGGCAAGGCUGUUAACUGUUGGGAAUCGAAUCGUGUCCCCCAAAAAGAUACUGUCAAGGCCUGACCCCCAGUACCUGUGAGCAUGACUAUUUGGAAAUAGGAUCUUUCAGAUGUGAUCGAGCUAAGGUGGGAGCGUGCGGGACCUGGGUGAGCUGCGUCCUUAUGAGAAGAAGGUACGACGGGCCCAGACCCCGUGGAGAGCACCGGGAGGGGGCAGGCAGAGGUCAGCGGCGCACCCGCCAGCCCAGGACAGCCGAGGCCGUCGCAGGGAGCAAGGGCGGGACACGGCGCGGAUGCUCCCCGAACCUGCAGAGGGAACAACCGUGCCAGCACCCGGAUUCCCGGCUCCCAGGCCCCGGGCCGCGCAAGAAGCAGCCCCACGCUUGCGGAGCUCAGACACCGCGGCCUCAGGCAACCAAUGUGCCGCUGGCCGUCGGGCCCUACAGCACAGAGCAGCCCGGACACAGGCCGCAGGGCACGCGGGCGGGGAGUCCAGGGCACCAGGCUGCUGUCCGGUCAGUCGUCAGCGCCGCCCUUGUCGGAGUCGCACCGCCGGGAAGAGCGGACCACUAGUGGGCCUGGUGCCUCUGCCCCGCCGCCAGCGCCCUGCCCUGCGGCUCAGCCCCUCUGGGCCUGGCAUCCCGACCCCAAGCUGCGCGCUGGGUCGCCCCCUCCGGGCACAGCCGCUGCCUGCCGGCCCAGGUCCUCGCAGGACCGCCUUCCGGGAAGGAGCGGGUGGCCGCCCUGGGGCCUCGGAGCAGAGCUGACCCGUCGCAAGGACUGCCCCGCGCCUGGCCCUCGUUUUCCCUCUGUGUCUCUCUCCUAAUGAACGGUGAGCCCUGGGAGGCGCCGCGUCUCUUCAGCUAAAGCAGCGCCGGGCACAGAGUACCACUGAGUGGAUACCUGAUGGUCCCGCAGGCGCCUUGCGGGCCAGCGUCCUCGUCCAUCCUGUUGUGCCCGUUCUUUCCUUCUGCCAACGUGUAACUACCUCAGCUCACCUCAGCCGUGUGCGUGAGCAAGGAGAGUCCGCCAGCAGUUGAUUUUUAUAAGGAAGAGAAAACACACGUGGUGGGCUGAUUAGAGCAAACACAGUUGUGCAGCGACGGGGCCGUUCGUGCCCGCUGGAGGCACUGACCCGGAGCUCCACCUGGGCUGUGAUCCGCUCUGCCAUAUGCAUGGCCAUGGCCAAGGUACCCAGGCUCUCUGAGCCUCUGUUCUCAUCUGGAAAAUGAGGAGAAAGGUAGUAAGACGUCUACUGUAAGACAACAUUAAGUGGGGCAAGACAGUGGAGGGUGUCGGGUACGUGGUGAAUGGUGAACCGGCUCUAAGCGCUGAAGGCUCUGGGGACGGUCCGUCCUCUGACACAGCCUCUGGGGCCUGCUGCCUCGUCAGGAGUGUGGCCUGGCCUUCGUGGAUCUCUGGCUGCACCUCCCAGCUGCCAUCACUCCUUCUUCCUGGGGUCCCCCACAAAUCACGAGGCCCGUUGGCCCUGCCAUUGUGCCACCAUCACAGCAGCACCGUGGGCCACCCCGACGGGCCUGCAGGACGCAGCCCAGCCAAGGGCGCCGGGCCCCUCGCAGGGAGUGGGCCCCCUGCCACUUGGGCUGAUGUGCCUGGGUUUCCACUGACAGCCUUGCCAGUAGGAGGGGCGCCUAAUUCCAAAUCUUCAGAACCAGCUAAAGCUGACCAACAGCAGCAAUGUCAUAUUUAAGUUAUUGAAACCCAAGUUCCUGAAGGAGAACUGAGACACCUUCAUUUUUAUUUCACAUCAUUAUGUAUUAGGUCAUUGUAUGUAACAAUGCUAUGUUUUCCAUGUAUUAAUUUUUGGAUGAGAUCAGAGACUCAGAGAUAUUCAAGGGUCAGCUACAUAUGGUUCCACCCUGCUCCAAGCUCCAUUGCCUCUCAUCCUCACACCACCUAGAAGGUAACCAUAUUAUUAUUGCUCUCACUUAAUGGAUGAGGAAAUCGAGGAGGAGAGGUUACAGACAUUGCCCAAGGUCACCCAGCGACGGCAGGACUGUGCCAAGAAUGAAGCUGGGCAGACGGUUGCUGGAGCCCCUGCACUUAACCCCAUGCAGGGGACGAAAUGUGCUUUGAUGCUCUUAGGAUCUCUGGCUACACCUGGAAAGGGAACUAACAGAUUAACAGGAGAGCACCACGUUUUGCUGAAGUUUUACAUGUGUGCAGUGCCUCUGCAAGGGGAUGAAGAUUCUGAGACGUGACCAGAGCAGGAGGCUUUGUACCUCUGGACAAAGAAGGACUGACAGGACAGAGGGUCUGGGCUGGGUGUUAAUGAGGGUGGUUAAUGAGGCUCUGCUGGGCAGAUUUCUUAGCCCUGGGCUCCCCGUCUCUGGAGGCGGGAACGCCCUCCGUCCUCCUGGUGCAGGGGGCACCUUUCGCAGGGGUCUGAGACUCUGGUCCGGGCGGAGGGCAGUGGGGCAGAGGCAGGGCGGCCUUCUGCUUCUCCCCUUCAGGCUCAGCUCGGGCUGCUCGCUCUUUGCACCAGCUUCACCACUGCACAGGUUCCCUCGCUGAUUAACCAGGUGAUUAAAUCUUUGACACAGGUUCAUUCUACUUUUGCAAAAAAUGUUGUAUCUAAAUUCUGAAAUUUACAUACUCUAGAAAUUUGCCAAUCACAUCUAAAGACUCUUUCAAGUGAGUCUGUUUCACAGUCAUUGAAUCUGGAGAGAGAGGCUUGUGUGGCUGCAAUGGCCCCAAGUCACAAGCACCACAAGGUGUGGGGAAGGCGGAGUCUUAAAGCCCAGCAGACCUGGCAUCAAACAUGACCACAUCCACUUUCUAGCCCAGCCGUUGGGGGAAGUCACUCUUUUCCCGAGUCGCGCUCUGUGUCCGUGAAUGAGGAUAGAGCUUCCCCCUCGCAGAGCUACCGUGAGCACCAGCUGGAGCAGCUCUCCAGCGUUUGGCAUGGUGCCGGAGUCCUGGGAGGAGAUCAGCGCGGGCCCGUCUCCUGCCCUUCUCCCAGGGCGAUGCUAGCAAGUGCUUCGCAACUGACUUCCCAAGAGAAAGCCGUUUGCAGAUUUCCACUGUGCAAACCUUCCCAGCAUGGCCAGCUCCAACCCACCCACCUGAACGGGAACUGGGAGGAGAUGCAGCUGGCCCCACACACCUGUGGGCGCCGGCUCACAGGGAACACCUCCUCUGCCAGAUCUCAGCUCAAAAUGUCUCUCCUUCAGGGGAGCUGCCCUGACCCACAGAUUGGUUGUUUCCUAGUUCUUCUCCUCAAGGCCCUGUGUAUCUGCUUAAGAACC